AUGGGGUUUCAAAAGACCCUUCAGGCUCAGAAUGGAUCAGUUAAGAUACCAUCAUUUAAACUCAGAGAGAAGUGUGUAUUCCCUCUUCAGUUGGCACUGGAGUCUAAAAACACUAAACUGGCUCAGACUGCCCUCACCGGAAUGCAGAAGAUCCUUUGUGAGGAUUGCUUUGUUGCUGUGGAAACCGAGGCUCCAGAGAAGCAGCUGUUGAGUCAGAUCCUGGAGGCCAUCAGGGUGACGCCCACCCUACAUGAAGACCUGCAGGUGGAGGUCAUGAAGGUCCUGCUUUGCGUCACCUACUCCUCUACCUUUGAGAUCAACGGGCACAACAUCUUGAGGAUUGCUGAGGUGUGUAUUGAAACAUACAUAUCAAGUUGUCAUCAACGCAGUAUCAACACAGCGGUCAGGGCCACCCUCAGUCAGAUUCUUGGAGACCUCACCCUACAGCUACGCCAUAGACAAGAAAACAAAGGUGUUGAUGGUGAGGAACGUUGCAUACCUGUGCACCAGCGCAAAGAUCUGUCUCCCACUACUGAUGCACUGCAUGAAGAUGUUGUUAUGGUGCUCACUGUUUUCUGUGACAAACUGGAGUCUGUCUCAGAUGAAAACCAGCUGCUGCAGCUGUUGUACCUGGAGUGUAUUCUGUCUAUGCUGAGCAGCUCUCCUCCCACAAUGCACCUGCAUCGUAAUUUCACAGACCUCAUCUGGAAGCAGUUAUGUCCGACUCUGGUGGUGAUUAUGGGAAACCCAGCAAGUGAUAAAACCAUCACCUCAGCCCAUGGUGGGCAAUCCCAGGACUCAGACUUGGCAUCAGGAACAGCAGUCUUGGAUCAGGGCCGGGGUUCUGGCUGCUCAUCGAGUGCUCCUGUCAUGAUUGGGCCAGUCGUUCGCACCAUCUGCUAUGUGGCAGCAGAUUUAGUCCGUCUAGUGGGCUGUGUCGAGUCCAUGAAGCCCGUUUUGCAGUCCCUGUACCACCGUAUUCUGCUCUACCCACCGCCGCAGCACAGAGUGGAGGCUAUCAAGAUUAUGAAGGAGAUUGUGGGAAGCCCCCAGCGCUUGUUUGACCUGGCCGGUCCAUGCGUCAUUGAGCCUGAGACAAGAAAGCGGUCUUUCUCAAAAAGGAAGUCACAUCUUGAUCUUCUCAAACUGGUAAUGGAUGGCAUAACAGAAGCGUGCAUGAAGGGCGGGAUUGAGGCCUGCUUCUCUUCUGUCUCCUGUGCUAGUGCCCUGUUGGGUGCUUUAGAUGAGCUCAGUCAGGGGCGGGGCCUGCAGCAAGACCAGUCCCGCAUGCUGCUGCGGCGAUUGGAUGAGCUCAAGGAAGGGGUGGAGUCUAUGCGUGAGUCUGUAGACCUCAACGAAGCUGACUUCCGCUGGCAGCGGCGUGUGCUUUCUUCUGAGAAUGCUGCCUGGGAGACCAGCAUCACUGAACGCAGCCCUGACAUCAGCAUCAGAGUCACCACCGAAACAGGACAGACCACAUUGGAGGGGGACUUGGGUCAGACCACUCCAGAGGACUGUGGGGAGAAACCGCGCCUGCCGUCACCUUCUACCUGUGGAGCCGCGACGAGAGCUCACCCGGAUCUACCAGAAUGUGUACGAGAGAGUGGCGCCCCAGAAGCCCCGUCCAGUAUGGCGCCUCCUGAUGUAGUGCAGCGCAGCCAUGGCCUGGUCUACCCUGACAUCACCAACUUCCUGUCUGUGGAGUCUUGGACACGCUCACAUGGCUCACGCUACAGUGAAAGCAACUUCAGUGCGGACGAGCAGGAGCUGUCCCGAACAGAGUUCGAUUCGUGCGACCAGUACUCCAUGGCUGCAGAAAAGGACUCGGGACGCUCUGACGUGUCCGAUAUGGGCUCUGACAACUGUUCUCUCGCUGACGAGGAGCAGAUGCCACGGGAAUGUCCCGGUCACCGUACGCUACGGACGGCUGCUCUGUCCCUAAAACUGCUGAAGAACCAGGAAGCGGACCAACAGAGCGCCCGGCUCUUUGUGCAGUCUCUAGCUGCGCUGCUGCCACGCCUGCUGGGACUGCACAGCACCACGGAUGUAGACGUGUCCCUGCAGAACUUCUCAUCCAGCUUCUGUUCAGGACUGCAAGCAGGUGGGGUUCAUUCUCCAGGUUUCGAGGGCAGUAAAAACCUGAGUUGUCAGGCUCUGAUGAAUGCAGAUGGAUUGUACCUGGUUUCCUAUUAUGCUCUACUGCUCAACCUCAAACUGUGCUGCUGUGACUACUACCACAGGAAACCCACAUGUGCUCUGGUGUCUUUGAAAGAGUUUGUGCGGCAGAUCCAGAGCAGUGGUAUUCUGGUGGUUCUAUCUCAGGCCUGGAUCGAGGAGCUCUACAACCAGGUGUUGGACAGAAACCUGCUGGGAGAGGCGGGGUACUGGGGCUCCGCUGAGGAGCAGUCCUUACCUCUCAUCACCAUGUUCACAGAUAUUGAUGGACUGGGCAGCAGUGCUAUCGGUGGUCAGCUGAUCAGAAAGGCCUCUACACAGUCACCCUUUACCUGUGACAAGAACGGCAGUGACAUGGUGGCAGGUGUGGUAUUUGCCCGCUAUAUCCUGACUGGCUGCUGGAAGAACCUGAUCGACACGCUGUCCACUCCACUCACAGGGCGCAUGGCGGGAAGCUCUAGAGGUCUCGCCUUUAUUCUUGGAGCAGAGGGAGUUAAAGAGCAGACUCAGAGGGAGAGAGACACCAUCUGCCUCAGCCUGGAUGGUCUACGCAAGGCGGCGGCACUCAGCUGUGCUCUGGGUGUGGCGGCCAACUGUGCCUCAGCACUUGCCCAGAUGGCAGCAGCAUCAUGUGUUCAGGAGGAGAAAGAGGAGAAGGAAUUGGGAGAGACUGGAGAUGCCAUUGCUCAAGUUAAGCAGCGUGUUGAACAGAAACUCGAACAGAUGGGCCGCUGUCAGGGCGUGAGGCUGCACACGGCCCAUGUGCUCUGCAUGGACGCUAUACUCAAUGUGGGGCUGGAAAUGGGCAGCCAUAACCACGAUUGCUGGCCUCAUGUGUUCAGAGUGAUUGAGUAUGUGAGUUCACUGGAACACACGCACUUCAGUGACGGCGGCUCCCAGCCUCCCAUCGCCAUCACACAGGCACAGCAGGCCGUGGCAGUGGACCUGCAGCUGGAGUUGAGCGGAGAGGCCAGUCCAGAGCUGGAACUGGGCCUCAGCCAUCCAGUUAUCCAGCCACUUUCCAUCCAGGAGCUCUUGAGAGAAAGCAGUCACGGUAAAGGAUUCGACCUGCGGGGAGGCAGUCUGCUCACAGGCACCAGUGCCGCCAAAGCCGUCUGCACGCUUUCCACACAAGCUGACAGGCUGUUCGAGGAUGCAGUAAAUAAACUCAACCUAGUGGCUCUUGUGGGUUUCCUGCAUCAGCUCAGAAAAGCUUCACAGUCUCAACUCUUUGAUUCGGUCACAGAAAUUGGAGACUAUUCCUUAGCCAUGCCAGGGGAGGCAAAGUCGACCCAGGACAAGCGUAGCGCCCUCCACCUCUUCCGGCUGGGAGAGGCCAUGCUUCGCAUUGUGAAGAACAAGAGCAGAGCACUGCUGCACAUGAUGAGAGCCUGGAGUGUGGUGGCACCCCACCUGGUGGAGGCAGCAUGUCAUAAGGAGCGACAUGUAUCCCAGAAGGCUGUGUCCUUCAUCAAUGAUGUUCUGAUGGAGGUUCUGAGCAGCUGGGCUGAGCUGCCACACUUUCAUUUUAAUGAAGCUCUCUUCAGGCCUUUUGAGCACAUCAUGCAGCUGGAGCUCUGUGACGAAGACGUCCAAGAUCAGGUGAUAACAUCCAUUGGAGAGCUGGUGGAGAUGUGCUCAGCUCAGAUCCAGUCUGGCUGGAGGCCGCUGUUCAGUGCUCUCCGAACUGUACAUGGAAACAAAACAGAUAUGAAGGAUUACCUGAUAGGAGAAUAUUCUAUGGGGAAGUCACAAGCACCUGUGUUUGAUGUCUUUGAUGCCUUCAUUAAUACAGACAACAUUCAGGUGUUUGCCAACGCGGCCACUGACUACAUCAUGUGCCUAAUGAAGUUUGUGAAAGGUUUAGGAGAAGUGGACUAUAAGGAGAUUGGAGACUGUGUUCAUGUCAGUGGAUACAGCUCAACAGAUCUGUGCCUGCCUGCCCUGGACUAUUUGAGGAAAUGUUCACAGCUGCUUGCCAAAAUCUAUAAGAUGCCGUCCAAGCCCGUGUUCAUGGGUGCGCGGCUGGCCAGCCUCCCGAUGAGAGCUCAGGAGAGGUCUGUGAGCACUGAGGAUGGCAUGGACUGCGUUUUAGCAGAGUUUGACGAUGACACAGGUCUGAUACAGGUGUGGAUUCUUCUGUUGGAGCAGUUGACCGCAGCCGUGUCAAACUGUCCUCGGCAGCAUCAGCCACCUACACUUGAGCUGCUGUUUGAACUUCUGCGUGAAGUCACCAAGAUACCAGGGCCUGGCUUUGGCAUUUUCUCUGUCAUCCAGCUUCUUCUUCCUGUCAUGUCACUAUGGCUACAACGGAGCCAUGGUGACCACUCAUACUGGGACAUUGCUGCGGCCAACUUCAAGCAUGCCAUCGGACUGUCCUGUGAACUGGUGGUGGAACAUAUUCACAGCUUCAUCCAUUCAGAUAUUGGCUAUGAGAGUCUGAUUAAUCUGAUGCUGAAAGAUCUCUUCAAACUGCUGGUGUCCUGUGUGGCAGAACCAGCCGAGACCAUCUCCAGAGUGGGCUGCUCCUGUAUUAGGUAUGUUCUGGUAGCAGCAGGGCCUGUUUUCACUGAGGAGAUGUGGCGGUUAGCAUGCUGUGCCCUGCAGGACGCUUUCUCGGCUACCCUGGAGCCUGUGAAGAAUCUGCUAGCUUGUUUCCGGAGUGGUUCGGACAAUUUCACUGGAGACGCGUGUGAAGUGAAAGUCGCAGCCCCCUCACACUCCCCUUCAGCCGACGCGGAGUACAUGAGGAUCCGGGCCAUGGCUCAACAGGUCUUCAUGCUAGAUACACAGUGCUCCCCUAAAACUCCGAGCAGCAAGGACGGAUUUGAGCACGCUCAGUCCUGUGUGCUGAUUAUUGAGCUUCCUGCUGAUCAGCACUCCAAUGGUCAAGCCCAGAAGAGAAAAAUUGGGAUUCCCUUCAGGACUCUGGUGGUAAGUUUACUGUCCCAUCAAGUGCUCCUGCAGAACCUGUAUGACAUCCUCUUAGAGGAGUUUGGGAAAGCUUCUGGGAGCCUUGAGGGGCAGGGCAGAAUCCCCACGGCAGUGUCGGAGCCGAAACCCGCAAGCUUUCUCCGCUACAUCUCAAUGCAGAACCUGGCCAUCAUCUUUGACCUGCUGCUGGACUCGUACCGCACAGCGCGGGAAUUUGACACCCGUCCAGGACUCAAGUAUCUCCUCAUGAAGGUGUCAGGGGUGUGUGGAGCUGCUAACUUAUACCGCCAGUCUGCCAUGAGCUUCGAAAUCUACUUUCAGGCUUUGCUGUGUGCAAUGCUGACAAACCAGGAGAACAUCACUGUGGAUCAAGUCAAAAAGAUCCUGAGUGAGGAAGAGGAGGGCAGCUCUGAUUCUUCACAGCAGUGCUCCUCUGAGGAUGAAGAUAUCUUCGAGGAGACGGCCCAAGUGAGUCCUCCACGUGCGCGUGAGAAGCACGCCUGCAGCGUGGACUGGGCAUGGCUGCUCAAACGUCUGCACAAUCUCUGCAUGGACUUGUGCAACAACUAUAUUCAGAUGUACCUGGACCUGGAGAGUAGUGCAGGAGAGCAGCCCACCCACCGGGCCGACCCACUCUUUUUCUUGCCCCUUUUUAAUUCGGAGACCUCUACGCCUUCUCCCGGGGGCCUGUCGGGCCACGGAACGCCCUCAGAGGACAGCUUCCGCCUCCAUCUUGACGAGACCCCCUCAGAGGAGGUCCACAGCCCUGGUGGGUUGAGUGCAACCCUACCCCAGCUGAGAGGAGACAGGAGGAACGGGGGGCGUAAGAAGGAAUGGUGGGAGAGUGCGGGAAACAAGCUGUACACCAUCGCCACCGACAAGACCAUCACCAAGCUUAUGAUCGAGUACAAGAAACACAAGCAGCAGCACAAUCACACCACGUUUGCCAAAGAUGUGAAGGCGGGAGAUAAGAGGGGCGAGACAGUGACCCUGCGUGGCCCGGACUCCCCAGGGCCCCAGAGGCCUCAGCAACUAGUAGAGCAGGGGCCCAUGCGCCACUCUUUCAGCGCGGGGCCCGAGCUACUGCGGCAAGAGAAGAGACCUCGAUCGGGAUCCACAGCAAGUUCCCACAACAUCUCACUCAGAGACUCUGAGGCACAGAUACAGGCCUGGACCAACAUGGUCCUUAUAAUCCUGAAUCAGUUCCAGCUCUUGUCGGAUCCCACGUUCAUUGCCCUCCAGCCAGCGGUGUUCCCCUGUAUCAGUCAGCUGACCUGUCAUGUGACUGACCUCAGAGUGCGGCAAGCAGUGCGUGAGUGGCUUGGACGAGUGGGACGCGUUUAUGACAUCAUCCUGUGAUGACCUGGCUCAUUUUUGAUCUCCAGUGGCCUUUUCCAUAGAGCUCUUUUCCUUGUCAUUUACUGUUUGCCUCGGCAUACGCUCAUAAUUCUGUGAUGCUAUUACCUGCUUAACUUUGCUAACUUUUUUAUUGCAGUACACAGUGAUCUGUGUAAUGCAAAUCCCUUUUGUGAAUGUUCUUCAAUAUCCAUGCUGUUAUAUUCAGAAUCUGUAUUUUUAUUUAUUUCUCUGAAAGUUUAUUGGCUUUAAUUGUACAUGUGCCAUAUUAUGUUGUUUUUCAGGGUGUUGUUCGCUCAUCUGAUCCUUUAAAACGUAAACUUUAAAGUCCCCUGAACAUUUCAACUAGUUGAAGUCGUUACACAAUGAAAUGUGGAACUUAAUGCACCUGUGUUAAUGCAUUGAUUAAUAUAUAUCUAAAGCACAAACUUAUGCUUUGCUAAUGCAGUUUUAUGUUGCUACAGUAGUAUAACCACAACACAUUUCCAUAAUAUACAAUGCACACAAUGCUUUAAAACAUUUAACUCAGAAGAUUUCAAGCCACUUCCUCACACUGUAAAACAGCACAUAAUUUUGGAGACUCUCCUGAUAUCAGAUCAUAGAGUAUCAGGCCUAGAUAAAAAUCAGUAGGCCAGAUGUUUUGGCUUCAUCUUUUGUCUAAAUCUGGAUGCAUUGAACCUUCACAAGAAAGCUGAUCCACAAACACUGCACUCGCUCUCAAAACACUCAUAAACCUCAUUCUGUUUAAACGUCCGAUGUCCGUGCAUCCUGUCAGCAAGACACUGUGUGCCAUAGAUUCCACUACCCACAAUGCAAUGGGAAUCUAUCAUCAGAUACUGGUUUCAGUAUUCACCAAACAACACUACAUCUGAGUAAACUUGAAGAAACUUUAGUAAAUUUGAGUAGCGAGAAAUAUAACUGCAGUGUACUUUUCAUAGCUGCACCAUAUGUUGUCUUUGAACUCAUUGAAGCUAUUAAAUCAAACAGUUGAAAUGUAGGUACAUUUUUAACUGGAGUCUAUUUACAACCUGUAUUUAUUAAAAUUGGAUGCGUUUGCACUUUUGGAGGCAUACAGUUUUAUCACUUUAUUCCAAACACAUUUUCUUGAUCUAGAAUUGCAGUUGCUUGAAUUUUUUUGUCUUCAGUCAUCUGCAUGUACUAUUUAUAUGUUGAUUUUGUGUGUGUGUGUGUGUGUGUGAAUGAAAAAGGAUGUAUUUUAUUUAUUUUGUGAUGCCUACAAUGUUGUGUUAUUGUGAGAAAUUUGCUCAACACAUAUGACAAGCUACAAAGAAACUCUUUGUAUCUAAUUCAUAUACACUUAUUUCAAAAAGGCUAUUGUGCUAUACUUCAUGUGCAAUGUGAGUUAUAGAAAAUUGGGAACCAUAUACAUAUAUUCUUUACAUACAGUAUAUCCAGUCCACACAGCCUAUGUUACAUAAUCAUAGUAAGAAUGUAUAGCUUAGCUUCAUUUUUUCAUACUCUGUUGUGUUUAUGGCAACUGAUUUGCAUAAACGGGGAGAUUAAAAAGGAUGUUUAAAGGGACCAAAGACAAAUUUAUAUUCAAUAUCAGAGUGUUCUGAAAAACUAUUAUGUACUUUAUUUUUAGCAAAUCAAACAUGUUUUUUUUUUAAAGCCUGAUUUGUCCAGAGUAGGAAAGGAUUAAAUUUUGUUCUUUCUCCAGGUAGCUACAAACUGAGGUGUAGUCUACAUUUGUCUGCUUUGUGUUGAGUGCCGGUUUUGUAAGUAGUGGACAGAAAAAAAAGUUCUGUUUGACAGCAGAUUGUGAAAAUGUUCAGGCAAUAUUUUGUCUAGGCAAAAAGACUUUAUAAACUCUAAGGGAUAUUUUUUAGAUGUUUUUUUUUUUUACUUGUGAAUCUAAACCUGCAGCACUUGGUCUAAAUCCACAGGAAAACUCGAUGGAUUAUGUUGUGCGGACUUAAGCUAAAGCUACAAAUGCAAGCUAAAACAGAUUUCCAUGUAAUAGUGAAAAUGUUUUAAUUUUAGCUCUGCUAACAUAUGUUCAAUUCAUAAUGGCACUCCUUUUUACAGUACAUCAGCAUUAAUUAUCCCAUGAUGUACCAUGCAUAUAUUCUUGUAAGUAUUAUGGCAAGAAUGAUAUUUGUGUGAAUUGUGUGUGCUCAGUCUGUGCCAGUACUUACGUUGCUGUUUAUUAUCAAACUUCUAUCAAUCAAAUGCAGUACAUGUGCAUUACCCUGAAUGGGUUCUGAAGUGUUUGUUCGAUCAUUUAUGUUGUAAGUGUUGCAGAAUAAAUAAGCAGAGU